AACGGCCGCGCAGCGCCGACCCCGCAGCGUUGGAGCUCCGGUGCCGCUCAGGGCUGCGGGGGAACCGAACCGCGAGAUGCGCCGCGGAGGCGGCGGGGGGUUGCCUUCAUUUCUCCCCAUCCGAUUUCAGCAGCAUCCCGAUGCAGUUGGGCUCAGCACCCUCCGCGUGCGCCUUCGUACUCUGUGCGAUAAGGAACGAGCGGGCGGGCUGCUUUCUUUCCUCUUGUAAAGCCUCCCUUCAGCUUUCAGGAGCGGCAAAAGCCCGAAGUGCGCGUUAGUGUCGGGCUGCAGCGCUUUCCUUCCUUUAUGAAGGAAAUCAGAUCGUUCUGGUUUUUCUUUUAAGGAGCCUGGAAAACGGCUCCACAAAGUGUCCCCAUCGGAGCCGGGCUCACCCCAUGCUGCCCCGAUUCCUUGGUGAGAGGCUGCAGUCCGAGUUCUGCUGGGACCCUUCAGCCCGGAUUCCUCUGUGUGUUAAUAACUCGAGGGUUUGGUUAUUUUGAAUUAGACGCAGUUUUCUAUUGGAAAGCAUCCGUGUCCUUUGGGUUCUAAAAUGCGUGUUUGUAUUGCAGUAAUAUCUCGCACACGAUCUGACUUAGCUGGGACUGCCUGAGGGCUGCCACCGUAUCUCAGCAGCAGUUCUGCUCUCCGUGGCUUCGUUUCCUCCCUCUGGUAGCUGCAGUUGCUGAAGAAGUCGCUUCGCCUUCCUGUUUUGGCGCGUUUAGGAGUUAACGUGGAAACAGCCCUUGGGUUUGGGGCUGUAGGUGGGGUGGAGGAUCAGCCCGUGUGGCUGAGGUCAUAUUCAGGGAUGGAAUCAGUGUAGAAGGCAGCGUUAAACAGCGUUACCUCCGGGUGCGAUAAGUGCUGCACAGCUCUGUUUCCAUGGGUUCCGAGCGCUGCUGAGGUCAGUGGGAAAUCUGGAGGAGCACGAGGGGCCGCAUCGCUUUGCUCUGCGCGUGGCUGUGGGAGCCUUCCUGCAGGGCAGGGGCCGGGCUGGGCUGCUUUCUCUUAGUGUGUUGGGCCUUUUGGGAGAGGCCGAGAGGAGGAAGGGGCCGCGUCUGCUCCGUGCUGUGCUCAGAGGGCUGGUGGCAAAGGGGAUGUAAAGGGACGUCAGCUCUGCAGCGCUGUCGGGUCGAGAAGUGGGAAGGCGAUGGUGUGGCUCUCACUCGGGCAGCACAGAGGUAAGGCCAUCGCAGCUGCAGCCGUACCCAAACCCGUGGCCCAAAGUACUUUUUUCAGCUAAAAUCCAGGCAGACCCUUCUGUCGCUUCUACGGACGGGCCAGGCUGCAGGAUGGGGCACUGACGUGGCUGCGGUGCCUCGCCGCUCCUCUAACGACCGAUUUGAAUAUUCGUGCUCGUUUCGCCUCCUGGCGCAGCAGCACACGGGAGGACCGAGGACGGCUCUCAGGGGCACAGGAACGUUACUUCUGCUUCGUAACAGAGCUCUGUGCUCGGCUGCAGCCACGGCACCCGGUGUCCUCCCUGUGCCCGCUGCCCACCCGGUGGCUCUCGGACCCCUCUCUGCCAGGACAGACGUGCUCUGUGAAUUCACAGAGCAGCAUGGAUCUCAGCAAUCCCCAGGAGCAGCCCAAGGCCGCAGAGGGACAGGAGGUUCUGGAGGAGUGCGACCUGAGCAAAGGGCAGGAGGUGGAGGGCACGGAUAAUGCAGAGGAGCUGAAGGAACACAGUCAGUCCAAUGGAGAAGCAGGAGAUGAUGUUAAAGUGAAAAGUGAAUACAGUGACAGAGAGGAGAGUGCUUUAAAUUCUGAGCGCAUGGAAAACCCAGAAGAAUCCGAAAUACCUUACAGCUACCCCAGAGAAUACAAUGAAUACGAAGGCAUUAAGCUGGAAAGACACCUGGGCUCCUAUGACAAUGCCAGGCCAGCGAGUGGGAAGAUGACCUGCGAUAUCUGUGGCUUAGCCUGCAUCAGCCUCAAUGUCUUGAUGGUUCAUAAACGUAGCCACACCGGUGAGCGGCCAUUCCAGUGUAAUCAGUGCGGAGCUUCCUUUACUCAGAAGGGUAACCUCCUCCGCCACAUUAAGCUACAUACAGGGGAAAAACCUUUUAAAUGUCAUCUUUGCAGUUAUGCCUGCCAGAGGAGGGAUGCGCUAACGGGUCACUUAAGGACACAUUCUGUGGAGAAGCCCUACAAGUGUGAGUUCUGUGGCCGGAGCUACAAGCAGAGGAGCUCUCUGGAGGAGCACAAGGAGCGGUGCCGCACGUACCUGCAGAGCAGCGGCGGCUGUGAGCCGGCCAACGUGGAGGCGAGGCACAUCAAGGCUGAGAUGGGGACCGAGAGAGCCCUGGUGCUGGACAGGCUGGCGAGCAACGUGGCGAAGCGAAAAAGCUCCAUGCCCCAGAAAUUCAUUGGCGAGAAGCGGCACAGCUUUGACGUCAAUUACAACUCAUCCUUCGUGUACGAGAAGGAAGGCGACAUGGUGCAGGGCCGCAUGAUGGACCAGGCCAUCAACAACGCCAUCUCCUUCCUGGGGGCCGAAGCCCUGCGCCCUUUAGUGCAGACCCCCCCGGCUCCCACCCCCGAGAUGGUCCCCGUCAUCAGCACGCUGUACCCCAUCGCUCUGCCCCGUGCCGACGUCCCCAACGGCAGCGAUGAGAAAAGCCACGUCCCGCUGCGGGAGCGCGCCUUGUCCCCCAACAACAGCGGCCACGACUCCACGGACACGGACAGCAACCACGAGGAGCGACCCAACCCCCCCUUCCCGCAGGGUCCGGUGCUCCCUGUACCCCGCAACGGCCUGCCAGCCUUGAAGGAUUUCCCCCGACCCUACGACAUCAUCAAACCGCCGGCCAUGUGCCCGCGCGACGCCUUCAAGGUCAUCAACAAGGACGGGGAGGCCAUCGGCGCGUACCGCUGCGACCACUGCCGGGUUCUCUUCUUGGAUUACGUGAUGUUCACCAUCCACAUGGGCUGCCACGGCUUCCGCGACCCCUUCGAGUGCAACGUCUGCGGGUACCGCAGCCACGACCGCUACGAGUUCUCCUCGCACAUCGCGCGCGGGGAGCACCGCGUGCUGCUCAAAUAAACGGCCGUCACCAGGGCACCGGCAACAGGGAACCCGCCCGGGUUUAAAGAGCUCAAACAAACAUCGUCUCCUCUGUUUUUCUAUCCCGGUUUUGCGUGCCAAAAGGUGACGACGCCUUUUUGUUUUCUAUUGUUUGGUUUUUUUUUAAACGUGAUUAUUCAGUGUUUUGUAGCAUCCAUGCCUUGCUGCUGUGCUGAGCGGUGCUGUGUGAUGCGUACCAGAGGCACAGACUGAUUUUUAUAUGAACUUUAUGAAAAAUUAAGAGCCUUUUAAGGUGUUUUUUUUUUAUUUUUUUAACGUGCAUUUGUUUUCAUGGUGUAUGCUUUAACGGCGCGAAAGGCUUUCGUUCCCCACUGCCAGCUGCUCUGCUUGGUCAGAUGUAUAGGAAGAACUUGUUCUUGCUGUUACAACCCCCGGUGGUCUCGUCACCAAAACACGGAAAACUUCACCUGGGAGGGAUUAUUCAUUCGUUUCUAGAGGUUUUCCCCAAGUCUGAAGCACACACACUCCCGUCCCAUCCGCCUCAUUUCUCACCACUCUGCCUCUUUGGAGCCUCUCCCCACGUGCGCCUCGCUCAGAGCAAAAGGAGCAGCAAAACCCAAUUUUGGGGCUGGGGUUUGUCAGCAGUGCAUGCGUUCGGGGUACCCAGUUGGCUCUCCGUGUGCCAGCUGGGGGAAAUCCCCAUUUCCACGGACGGAAAGCCCUGAUGCAUGCCAUGAAGGAGGACAAAGCUGCACUGGAGCUCAUGGCCACACUGUGCCCUCUGUUUGCCCUCUGUUUCCCCCUGGCCACCAAACGCAGAGCCACCCAUCCCACUGCAGUACCAGGAGAUCUCAGCACAUGUAUGUGGGAGUGCGCAGCUCCGUCUGCUUGGAUGUGGGGAUCUCCCUGGGGCUGCUUUGCAACACGGGCAUCGGUGAUGACUUUGAAGCUGGUUUGUAAAAUGGUUCUUUUCAUCUAAUCACUGCUCUGCAGCUGUAUCAUUAGUCAUGGUGCGGGAGAUUGGUGUGAUAACGGUUCUGCUGAGCGUGGUUAUUCCUGGCGAAGUGUUUCUGUAUGAGCAGGAUGUGUUCCCAUGGACUUUUCAUGUCCCCUGUGCUGCUCCAUACCAACACUGCUUUGGUCUUUGGCAGUGUGAUAUCUGUGGUGGUCCCUCCACAAAGGGGGGGUCGGGGUGCAGAGCUCCAGAUGGGGUAUGAAGGGUCAGAAAUACCCAGUUUGAUUCUGCCUUUGGCCUUGCUCUGGGUGCUGCCUCCCUGAAGCUCAAGGUGCAAAGUGGAAAUUAUUCAUUUUUUCCCUACUAAUCACGGAAUGGAAAAGACCUCAAAGAUCAUUGAGCCCAAUCAGGACCCUGUCCCAGGAAGGAUGGAUCAAUCAGCUGCCUUGCAGAGCACUGCAGGAGUGCAAGACCCUGCUUAUCCAUGGGGGUAAGGAAGGAGAACUGGUUUUGAAGCUUUGGGAAGGCUCGGAGCAGUCCCCAUUUUGGCCAGUGUUCUGCUCAGCACCCGUUCCCUCAUGCUGCUCCAUGGAGACGCAGUGGUUCCAUGCACGCCAGUCCUCGUGCAUCAAAAGCCAUCUCUCCAUUUGCACGGGGAGCAGCACGGAUUGCAGAGCGCGUGUCGCACUGCUUUCCUUCUCACAUCACCACUGAAUCCAGGAAAACACCUCAGUUGCCCUUCGUUCCCCUUCAGGCAGGACCAGAUGCAGCCCACGGCCUCGGGAGCUCAGCAGGAGCAGCGCUGUGGGUUCUGUGGGGCUCAGGAGGAACCCAAAGUCGCUGUUUCCCACUUUGGCACCGUCAUGUUUUCGUGCUCUCGGGACAAGGCGCUCGUUUCGGUUCAGCCCGCGCUGUCUGGCGUUAAUGAGUGGUUGCUCAUUGCUGUUGAACAAUGACAUAUUGUGGAACUUUGACCCAGCCAUCUAUUAAAAAUAAUGUGUAUUUCCACGUGUACCAUU